CAUGUACAUGAGAAUACCAUCCAGCUUUCCGAUGGAAAUAACGUUUUCCUCAUCAGCUUCCUCCACCUCAUGUUUCCUUACGCCUAACUGCCCAACGAGUGUAGUUUCGCCACAGCGCAGAUCAAGAAGAAGCCUGCCAAUAAUCCCGUCCGUCAUGAUCGUGUCAAAGCUCAAUGAGUUAACACAAGUUUAUCCACGGCGAUCAGCUCAGUACCAUCCUAGCGUUUGGGACCUCAAACUCAUUGAAUCCUUAAGCACUCCCUAUACUUAUGAAUUGUAUGCCACCCGAUUGGAGGAGUUGAAACGAAAUGCUAAAUUCUUGCUGACUUCCAAUAAAGACCCUUGUGUCCUUUCCAAGCUUGCUUCCACGAUGCAGCGGUUAGGAGUUGCUUACCAUUUUGAAAAGGAGAUUGAAGAGGCUGUCGGUCUUUUGUCUCCAGAUGUCACUAGCAAUCUUCACACGACUGCUUUGCAGUUUCGAGUUUUGAGACAACAUGGUUUUUCGAUUACCUCAGAUGUGUUCGACAAAUUCAGAAGCGGCGAUGGGAGAUUCAUGGACAGCUUAAGCAGUGACAUGGAGGGACUUUUGAGUUUGUAUGAAGCCUCUCAUCUUGGAAUGCAUGGAGAAAGUAUUUUGGAAGAAGCCAAGGAUUUUAGCACCAAAAACCUGAAAUCAUUGAUGGCAAAAUUGAACAGUAAUUCAGCUGAGCAAGUGAGACAGUCGCUGGAAAUCCCCCUAUAUUGGAGGAUGCCAAGAGUAGAAGCUCGAAACUUCAUUGAUGUCUAUCAAAAGGAUAUUGCAAAGAAUUCGACUUUGCUUGAGCUGGCUAAGUUGGAUUACAAUCUAGUGCAACACGUGUAUCAACAAGAACUUAAAGAGUUAGCAAGGUGGUGGAGAGACUUGGGUUUUAAAGAUAAGCUACCUUUUUCAAGGGACAGGCUGAUGGAGAAUUAUUUGUGGGCAAUGGGGAUGAUUUUUGGGCCCAUGCAGUUUUCCAAGUGCAGGAUAGGCCUCACCAAAUUUGUAUGCAUAUUAUCAGCUAUUGAUGACAUGUAUGAUAUAUAUGGAUCGCUGGAUGAGCUUCAAUGCUUCACUGAUUCCGUGGAUCGAUGGGAGAUGGAGGCAAUGGAGAACCUCCCAAAGUACAUGAAGAUUUGCUAUGUUGCCAUGCUUAACUUUGCUAAUGAAGUGGUCUUUGAUGUUCUCAAAGAUCAUGGCUUGAAUACUUUCCCCUACAUUAAGGAAGCGUGGGCAAAUCUUUGUAGAUCAUAUUUGGUAGAAAGACAAUGGUUUUCUAGUGGAUACACUCCAACUGUGGACGAGUACCUAGAAAAUGCAUGGACUUCUGUGGGCGGUCCCGCAGCCAUUGUCCAUGCCUAUCUUCUACUUGGGUGCACAAUAUCAAAAGAUGCACUUGAUUGCUUCAAGCAUGGCUCUGAGCUUAUAUAUUGGGCAUCCCUCAUAACUCGACUAAGUGAUGAUUUGGGGACUUCAGAGGCCGAAAGCAAGAGAGGUGAUGUGGCGAAAUCGAUCGAGUGCUACAUGGUACAAGAAAGUGUAUCCGAAGAAGAAGCUCAAGAUCAUAUAAAGAGAUUAAUAAGCUAUUCAUGGAAAAAGCUGAAUGAGGAGAGAGCCAAAAGUUCUCUACCAAAGUCCAUUGUCAAGAUGUCAUUAAACAUGGCGCGCACUGCUCAAUUUCUCUUCCAAAAUGGAGAUGGUAUUGGGACAUCGACUGGUGUAACUAAAGAUAAUUUGACCUCGUUAGUUGUCAAACCUAUCCCCUACUGAACUUUGUGUGAGAGACCAUAUGAUAAGGCAGAUCCACCAUGCAUAUGUGAGUAAAGUUCUAAAUUAUUGUGGUUCAUAAAUGGUUAGUACAAAAAUAUAAAAUGGAAAAAUAAAUGCUUUUAAA